ACGCAAUGCGUACCUAUUUUUGUGUAGUAGACAAACGAAGGGAAAGUUCUCAAUUAAAUUUCUCUAGACGAUCGUUUAGAAGUAAUCUGUUAAAGUAAUGGGUAAAGCAAGAAAAACGAGGAAAUUCGCCGCCGUAAAGCGUAUGAUAUCAACAAACGACCCGCGAAUAAAAAAUAGAGAGAACGAAAAACGUAAGAAAACAAAGAAGAAAAAUGACGACGAAGAAGUCAAACACAUAGAACAAGUGUCAUCAGCAUUAUUCUUUCAAUACAACACACAACUAGGACCACCUUAUUACAUUCUGGUCGACACAAACUUCAUCAACUUUUCCAUAAAAAAUAAAUUGGAUUUGUUUCAAUCCAUGAUGGACUGUCUUUAUGCUAAAUGCAUACCUUGUAUUACGGAUUGUGUUAUGGGUGAGCUUGAGAAAAUGGGAAUGAAAUAUAGAGUGGCUUUAAGAAUAGCUCGUGAUGAAAGAUUUAUGAGAUUGCCAUGCAUGCACAAGGGAACAUAUGCUGACGAUUGUCUUGUUAAUCGUGUCAGUCAACACAAAUGUUACAUAGUAGCAACUUGUGAUAGAGAUUUGAAAAGAAGAAUUCGAAAGAUUCCUGGAGUUCCAAUCAUGUAUAUUACUCAACAUAGAUAUUCUAUUGAGAGAAUGCCAGAUGCUUACGGAGCCCCAAGAUUGUAAGCUGGAAUUGCGUGUUCACGUGACAAAAAUGACCUGAGAUAAACCUUUCUUAAUGAUAUUUACUAAACGUGACGCUUCAAAGGAUUUAUGAAAUAGAAAAUUUUCCUGAGGAUUGAGCUA